AUAAAAACAUUCAACAAGAUUAGUGAAAUGGUUUUCAAAGGAAAGGUUGCAUUAAUUACAGGCUCGUCUUCGGGUAUCGGCGAAGGGAUUGCCAUAAAGUUGUGGUCUUUGGGCGCAAAUGUUGUCAUCACUGGAAGGAAUGAGAAACGCAUCCAACAAGUGGUCAACAAAUGCCAUAAACGAGACAAUCAGAGAGCACUCGGAGUGAGGGCUGACUUAUUGGUGGACAAAGACAUCGAGGAAUUGGUGGCGAAGACUAUCGCAGAGUUGGGCAAAAUUGAUAUAUUGGUCAAUAACGCCGGUGUCCUCACAAAUGGCCAGUUUGGAGGGCCCAAGUAUUUGGAGGCAUACGAUGUGAUUAUGAACGCAAACUUGCGAAGUGUUCAAGUGUUGACACAAUUGGUUGUCCCGUAUCUGGAGAUUACAAAAGGAAAUAUUGUUAAUAUCUCAAGUAUUGGUACACUCAUACCCCAAUGGAGAGCUAUGAGCUAUUGUAUGGCAAAAAGUGCCCUGGAUAUGUUCACCAAAUGCUUGUCACUACAGUUGGCACCCAAAGGCAUUCGCGUGAAUAGCGUUCUGUGA